UCAUCUCCAUACAGUCAGAGUGAACUGCGGGGGCAGACGGAGUGGAUUGCAGCAGUCCUCGACAGCGGAAAGAGACUCAAAUAAGGAUUUUUUUUAUCGAGCUGUAUCGACUCAUAACGCGCACUUUUGUUUCAUUUUCUCCCGAUUUGUUGAGGAAUUCGACAGAAGGAACUUUUCGCUUCUGUGGAGUUUGGAGAGCCGUGUUCGUCGGAUAUGGACAGUCGGCGACCCGCUGCAGGGAGCGACUGGCCGGUGUUCACUCAGUAGUGGCAGGAAUAAAAUUGUAAACUCGCCGUCUGGGACUUUUUACUGGAUGUUUGAUGAAGCGCUUCGACAUUUCGGUCAAUUCUGGCACACCGUGGAUUUACCAGGUUCAGAGACGGAUAGAUAUUCGUGAUAACCGGUCGACGACGAGGAGGAUUUACGCUUCUAAAGUUGCAGGAAAAACAUGGAGACUGUAAGUCGGCAAAGCUUCCAGCCUCAUCCGGGACUGCAACAAACUCUCAAGCAGUUUCACCUCAGCUCUAUGAGCUCUCUGGGCGGACCGGCGGCUUUCUCUGCCCGGUGGCAACAUGAGCUCCUCUUCAAGAAGGACGGUAAGGAGCCGGAGCCGGUUCUGCAGCAUCUGCCGCCACCGGUAAUGCCGGGCCCGCUGUUCAUCCCGUCGGACCGCUCCACGGAGAGGUGCGAGACUGUGCUGGAAGGCGAGACCAUCUCGUGCUUCGUGGUCGGCGGGGAGAAGCGACUGUGCCUGCCGCAGAUCCUCAACACGGUGCUGCGGGACUUCACCCUGCAACAGAUCAACUCCGUGUGCGACGAGCUGCACAUCUACUGCUCCCGGUGCACGGCGGACCAGCUGGAGAUCCUCAAAGUCAUGGGGAUCCUGCCCUUCUCGGCGCCGUCCUGCGGCCUCAUCACCAAGACGGACGCUGAGCGGCUCUGCAACGCCCUGAUCUACGGAGGCGCCUACCCGCCGCGGUGCAAGAAGGAGCUGAGCGGAGGCUCGCUGGAGCUGGAGCUCACCGAGGGGAGCUUCAAAGUCUACCACGAGUGCUUCGGUAAGUGCAAGGGCUUGUUCGUGCCGGAGCUGUACACUAGCCCCAACGCAGCGUGCAUCCAGUGCAUGGACUGCAGACUAAUGUAUCCGACCCACAAGUUCGUGGUGCACAGUCACAAGGCGCAGGAGAACAGGACUUGCCACUGGGGCUUCGACUCGGCAAACUGGAGGGCGUACAUCCUCCUGGGCCAGGAUUACACGGGGAAAGAGGAGAAGGCCCGUCUGGAGCAGCUCCUGGACGAGAUCAAGGAGAAAUUUGAUUUCGCCAACAAGUACAAGAGGAAAGCUUCAUCCAGGCCCUCAGAUCCCACCCCGAUCAAAAAGUCCAAACAUGACGACUUCCCAUCGCAGUCCCCGCUGGCCGACAAAGAGAAGCAGCACGACUGGCUACAGUCCCUGUCCGCCUCCAAUAAGGGGCUUAACUGCAUUCAACCCCGGCAGAGGCCGUCAGCUUUCAGGCCCUGGUCCCCCCACAUCUCUGCUGGUGAUAAGGAGCCCUCCAGUCACCCCCUGGCCCUGCUGAGAGACAGCUUCUACAACUACAAGAGUCUGGAGAAUGGCGUGGCCCCCAAUGUUGCCCUCACACCACUACCCCUGGGGAAGGUGGGUCCCAUGUCCCCGUCAGUACCCAGCACCUCCCACCCAAGUGGAGGUGAACCCCCGGGUGAAGGAGCCAACUCCAGGCCUCGAAAGAGAAGAGCCACAGGGGAGCUCCAGCCGCCGCCAUCAGAGGCCCCCUGCCCUCCGUCCUUCACUGCCAGCAAGCUGCCGCUGCCUCAGGAUGACAAGGACUCUGAGGUGGAGAUCGAAGUGGAGAGCCGGGACGAACUCACUUCGUCCCUGUCCUCCCUGUCGUCACCGUCUUUCACCUCAUCCAGCAGCUCAGCCAAGGACUUGGGCUCGCCAUGCGCCCAAGGGCCCAUUUGCACUGUCACGUCAGCCGAGGCCACUGUCCCCUCAGCUGCGGCCAUUGCACCCAUCGCGCCCGUCGCAGCCCCCAUCACCCCUCCAGAGCUGGGGCUGGAGUCGGAGCUGGAGAGCCUGAGGCAGGCGCUGGACAACGGUCUCGACUCCAAAGAGUCAAAGGAGAAGUUUCUGCACGAGAUUGUUAAGAUGAGGGUGAAGCAGGAGGAGAAGCUGGGAUCGGCCCUGCAGGCCAAACGCAACCUCCAACAGGAAUUGGAGUUCUUGCGAGUGGCCAAGAAGGAGAAGCUUCGGGAGGCGACCGAGGCGAAGCGAAACCUGAGGAAGGAAAUCGAGCGCCUGCGAGCCGAGAGCGAGAAGAAGAUGAAGGAAGCCAACGAGUCACGGAUCCGUCUGAAGCGGGAGCUGGAGCAGGCCCGGCAGCUGAGGGUCUGCGACAAGGGCUGCGAGGCUGGACGUCUUCGCGCAAAAUACUCGGCACAGAUCGAGGACCUCCAGAUGAAGCUGCAGCACGCCGAGGCCGACCGCGAGCAGCUUAGAGCCGACCUGCUGCAGGAGCGGGAGGCCAGGGAGCACCUGGAGAGGGUGGUGAAGGAGCUACAGCAGCAACUCUGGCCCAAAUCCAGCAGCGACAAGGACGGGACGCCCAAGGACAUGCUGGCUGAGAACUAACCCAGCAGCUGAACUCACCUCCCCAAUCAUUCAAACCCUGUCGCCAUGAUCCCCCAACAUCAUUUGCCCAACUCAGACCAGAGAACCCAGCACCCAGGAGUCCCGGGCCGGGCCCCAUCGCACCACUGUCCAUCACGCUCGCCCUCCAGAUCACAAAAAUACAAGACUCUCACCUUCGGACCAGAGACAGACAAGAAACAAGGACCUGUAUCCUCCAUCACGCCCAUGAAAAGUGAAGUGAAUGGAAACAGCAAAAUACAAUUGUGCAGCAAGGAAGCAUGUGUUUCUGAAUCAAGCACUGACUGGCACCUUCCAGACUCACAGAACUUCAGACGGCAUCACGAGAAUGAAAGAAAAAGCAGAUGUAUAGCACAAAAUGUGGUUGUGCCUGUAUUUUCUCUGACAAGAAAAUAAAGUGAGACUUUUGGACAGACGUCUGUGAUAAUAAAUGCUGAAAGAUGAUCAUAUUCUAUUAGAGUUACACAGCUGUUGAGGUGUUGUGACGGUCCAGGAAGAGCAGGGCUCACACUUAACAUACAGUUCCCAAAAACGUCUCCAUCGCCGUCCCUCGCCAUGAUGAUGAGGACAAGGAGGGUUUUGAAGACAUUAUAAGCUAUUUAAGAGACUACAUAGCGAUAUGUUAAAAAAAAAAAAAAAAAAAACCAAACAAAAAAAAAAAAACUGUAACAACAAAAAGAAAGACAGUUUCUUUGUUUCUCUGUGCUCUUGGAGUCGGAAAAUAUAAAAGAUACAAAUAAAUGAGAAGAUGAACAAAACAAGCAGAUGAACUCUCCACAGUGCCACCGUGGUUUUGUCGGUUUUUCAGGAAGCCAUCGCAGUCCACUGAGGGGGAGGAGCUUGAGUGACCCAUCUUCUCCUCCUCCUGUUGUUUUAUAAAAAUCAUUUAUUUCUCAGAGCGGGGUCGAAAUCUUUCUCACUCUUCUCUCUCUGGAUUGGACGCUGGACAUAAAAACAUGCUGUACCGUUUUAGUGAGCACUUUUGUCGGAUGAUCAAUAACAAUAUCCAGCAAUCUCCAUCUCAAGUGUUGCUCACACACAAACACACGCACACACUCACACUGGCUGCCAUAUGUGUUUUUAAGCGUUUGGGUCAAAACCCGGAUGUCUUUAUCUUCUAAAGAUAAAAUCCUCCAGAUGUGCGUGGCCUUGUUUUUACUCCAGCUGACUCCAGAACCAUCAUGUAUGAAAUCAUAGUGGACUGGAUGGGGCAACUUUGGCAAGAACCACAAAAUGUUCAUUUUAAUUAAAUUAAUGUAAAUAUAAAUAUAUGUUUUGUUUUUGUUUUUUGUUUUUUUUUUACUUUACAAUAAUGAAUCGCACUUUGUCAUAACAAAAAUACUGUUAUAAUGCAUUGUACUCCCACUAUUGUCUUCAAUCUUACUUUGAAAACAUCAUCUUAUACACGACUGCUACCAUAUAAAUUCAGUGAGCAUUUUAUUGAUUAUAUGCAUCUCGAAUAAAUGCUGUUGCUCUGUUUUCUUAAGGCAAAGUAUUGUAAAUAAAUGGAAAGAAAAAAAGGCUCUACCUGUUGCUUGCUGAUGCAGUCUGGGAUUGUUACAAAGGUUCUGGCAACAAAUUCUCCCCGUUGUUGUAAUAUAAUGACACCCGGUUCAAACUUCGCUAAUGACACACUGCACAUCAUCGAGGUGAUUUUUUUUUUUUUUACAGGCCUCUGAACAAAAAGUUGGAAGAUUAAAAUCUGAUUUUAUUCAGAAGGCGGAGAGCGCGACUCUGCCGUCACACAGCGGGUACAAUGCAAUCAGAAUGUACAUUGUGUUAAUGCUAAUUUUUCUUUGGUUGUUGAUGUUGUUUUUAAACGUGGAGAUAUUUUAUUGCUUGUCUGUUAUGUUCACUUUUUUUCAAUAGAAAACUCAUAUUUUCUUUAUGCAUGAAAUUUGAGAAAGUUUGCCAUACAUAUAGUCAGUUAUUGGGCAUUGAUACUGUACAUGUAAGGGUUUUAUUGUGUUAUGCAACAUAAAGCAAUUUGUCUUAUUUAGAAGAGGAAGAAGUAAGUAAAAAAAAAAAAAUGCAACAAACCGUAUAUUGUUCUUAAGAAAAAAGAAAACUUCACACUUGCAAAAAGCAAAAGACGACAAAAAAAAAAAAGAGAGAAAAAAUAAAAUAAAAUGCAAUGCUGGACAACCUCAAGUGCCUGGACAUGGGCGAAAGGUUUCCAGAGUAGGAGAACUGAUGAUGAAGCUGUAGGGGCGGGGCCUCUCAUCGUCUACCUGUGUGCAGGUUCAGCAGCUCAGCAGCUGUUUUUAUCAGUGUUCCUAAAACCAACCAGUUUACAGACUCAAUUUCUUUUUCAAUGCAGAGAACAAUUAAACAAACGCUAGAUGCUUAAGGCUUUUUUUUUCUGAAUGAGUGCUUUUUUUUUCCCUCCUUUAUUUGAAAUCAAUGAUAUGCAUGUUCAAACAAUUUUUAUAGAAGAUCUUGAAAACCCACUUGCUUCGGUGAAUUGUUACUUUGGGUUGUACAUAAAGACUUAAUUGUUUAUUCCCAGUUUUGCUGACUUGUCCCGAGGCGGACGUGUCGAGGAUAAUAAAGAGGGCAUUAUGUUGACGAGCCCGUUUCUUAUCCGCCAUGGCUGACACUGCGUCUGUGACUUUGGCAGACCUAAAAAUUGGUACAUUUUGUAGUUGUUUUUACACUCAAAAAGAGUUGAUAGCCUCUGUGUAGUUUACUUUACUCGUGGUUUUCUACAAAAGAAGGGAGACAACAACGACACUGGCUCUUCACUCUCCCGCGCGUAAAAAAGAAAAAAGCAGUUUAACAACAUCUUGUUUUCUAAAGGAGAAUCAUUUUACUAUAUAAUGGACAGUAAAGCAGCAAUAACAGUCCAUAUUAAUAGACAAAUACUAGCCAGUGUGAAGAUUUGAAUAAGAAUUUUCAAAUGUAAAUAUUUUUUUCAUUUACAAUAUUGUAUAAUAUAUGUACAUGGUGUUUCCUUUUUCAAAAAGAAAUCUUUUCUUACAAUAGCUUGUCUUGUUUUUGUUUCUGUUUUUUUUUUUUUUUGAAUUUGUGUUUUAACUGAAAUGUUUCAAAAACAGUUAAUGAUGCAGUGCGUAAGAGAAUAUUCCCUACAUAAACAUGUUAAUCCAUUUCUUUCAUUUUUUUUUUUACUGUAGAGUCUUUAUAUUGAAUGACUUUUUUCACCAGUUCAUAUAUAUUUUUAACAGUUUGUUCAGUAUCAGAUAACAGACCUACAGUAUGGGUCGCACAAACACACACAGACACAUACACACAGACACAUACACACACAGACAGACACACACACGCACACACACACACACACACAAACACACAGACAGACACACACACACACACACACACACACACACAGACACACACAGACAGACACACACACGCACACACACACACACACACGCACACACACACACACACACAAACACACACACACACACACACCACACACACACACACAAUGCCACUUGCAGAUUGUUUCCCCCCUAAUCCUCAUGUAUCUUUUUAGCCCUGUGCUGCUGCUAAUACUAUAUAAACCUUACAAUUCUAGAAAUAUUUUUAUGUAAGAGGUAAAUGUAAGCUUUCCCAUUUAUUAAUACCACAUAUACAGUAUGAAAAAAAACCUUGGCUUAUUCAUCUAUCUCCUUGUUUCCCUCAUCUUUUCACGCCUUUUUCCCUCAUCUCUCCUCCGACGACACCCGUCCCCUUCUCUCACGACACGGACUAUAUUGUAAAGUAAAGGACUUUAUGAGAUUAUGUUUGAAAAUAGCUAUGCUUAUAUACUACAGUGACUGAAUGUACAGUGUAUAGAUGCAUUACCAGAAAUAAAGUUGUUUGUCCAGA